AUGAAUUAUGAUUAUUUGAACACAUACAUGUCCCAAAAGGGUGGAUGGGACUUUUCUAACUAUUCCAGAAAUUCAAGAAUUCAAAACUCUAUCAGUGGUCAUAAUUAUUUGAAAACUGGAACAACUAUUUGUGGAGUAAUGGGAAGAGAUUCCGUGGUUUUGGCUGCUGAUACUAGGGCCACUCAAGGGAUUAUAGUAGCAGACAAGAACUGCUCAAAGCUUCACAAGAUAUCGGAUAACAUCUAUUGUGCAGGUGCAGGCGUUGCCGCUGACCUUGAACAUACAACUCUAUGGCUUGCAAAUAAUAUUGAGCUUCAUAGACUAAAUACCAAGAAAGCUCCUAGGGUUCAAAUGUGCAUAUCAAUGCUAGUACAUGAACUCUUUAAAUAUCAGGGAUACAAACAAUGUGCUCUAAUUCUCGGAGGUUUUGAUUACACUGGUCCUCACCUCUUCUCUGUUUCUCCUCAUGGAUCUUCUGACUCACUACCUUUCUGCACUAUGGGAUCUGGAUCUCUCAAUGCUAUGACUGUUCUCGAACAAAAUUAUUUCGAUGGAAUGAGUGUUGAGGAGGCUACGGAAUUGGCCGUAAAGGCAAUUAGCGCAGGAAUCACAAACGAUUUGGGUUCAGGAGGGAAUGUAGACGUUGUUGUAAUGGACAAAAACGGCUCAAAACACUCAAGGACUUUUAAGAAGGUGUGUUCGAGAACCUACGCAGCACCUGAUAAUAAACUCACAGCGGGAACUACAGAAUACCUCAGAGAACAUAUUGAACACAUUAAAAAACACAUAAUAGUUGAUCAAAUCGAUGUUGACUAA